AUGUCUCGCCCAAUUGAGCCAUUGAAAGAGAUCAAUGAUUCAAAAGAUUUGUGGAAGAUCGUUGUUAGGUGCAAACAUCUGUGGACUGUCACAAGUUCUUCAAACAAAGAACACAUGGAGAUGGUUUUGGUUGAUUCUAAGCUUGAUAUGAUUCAGGCUAUUGUCCCUGCUUAUUUGCUUUCGAAAUUCAAAUCUGAAAUUGAAACAGGAAACUCUUAUAUCAUGCAAAAUUUUAAAGUUGGGAAGAAUGAUUUUGCUUUUAAGUCGACAAGUCAUACAUACAAAUUGGUUUUUUGUGGGUCAACUUCUGUUAAGAAAGCAGAAUUUCCUGAUAUCUCUCAUAACUACCUUAACAUUAUUGGUUUGAAUUCCAUAGUUGAAGGAAGGUUUCAAUCAAAUUUGUUGGUUGAUUUGAUUGGAGGAAUCACUGAUAUUACUCAAACCCAAGUUAACGUUCAGCUAUAUGAGUAUUAUAAGAAUAAUAAGCAAGCCUCUGAUAUUGUCAUUGUGCUAAUCAAUGCAAGGGUUAAAGAGGCUCAAGGAGGAUUUCCAUUUAGUGUUUCCAACACAUGGAAUGGAACGAAACUGUUGAUUAAUGACCCUACUAUUGAGGAAGUCAAGAGUCUAAAAGAAAGACUUGGUGUUGAUUUGCCUUUGUUAUCAUCUUCAAGUGUACAAGUUGAGGCAACGCAAAACUCAUUUUAUUCUGACUAUGACAAGUUUGUUUGGAAGGCUGAAAUAAUGAGUCUCUCUGAAAUAACAAAUCUGCAACAUGAAACAACCUGUGUUACCGUUGCUACCCUCGAUAAGUUUGAUGUUUGGCAGAUGGGAUGGUACUAUGAUGGAUGUGUGGAAUGCACAAGGAGUGUGACUGCCAAGGAUGGAAAGCUGAAGUGUUUUAAAAAGCAUAUUAGCCCAGAACCUGUGCCACGGUAUAAGCUUGAUAUAACGGCUGUUGACGGCAGUUCGAAGGCAAAGUUCUUCUUUUGGGACACAGACUGCGUGAAGUUGAUUGGGAAGUCUGCUCUUCAAAUGAAGAUGGAUUUAACUCAGACCUCAAAACUUCGAGCACUAGAACCUCUGUCCCAGGAUGAUAUGAAUAGCAUUUCUGAACCUGUAUCUGCAUCUGCAGAAAAUAACCUGACCAUUGAAAAUUCAGGACUCACUCCAUGUAAGAGACUUAUAAAUGAUGCAAUAGAAGAUAAUGAUAGUGUUCAACAAUCAUCAACCAAGAUGGCCAGAGAUAUUAAAAAGGAGAAAUAUUAUGAAAAACUCUAUAGAGUUUUAGGUGAAACCUUACAACAAGAUUGUAACAGUUUUUGGAAAACUAUAAGUGUCAUCGUUAAAUAUAUGUUGGCUGACCCUUGGGAUUGUGUGUUACAGAUUAGGUUUCUAAGUCAAAAAUUUUUUAAAGGUGAUUUUUCAAAGUUGUCAAAUUCAAGUGUGCAAGUUACUGCAUCCAAAAAGUCAUACUACUCAGACUUUGAUAAAUUUGAAACUACAUGUGUAACUGUUGCGACUCUGUGUAAAUUUCAUGUUGGCAAAGCUGGAUGGUAUUACGAUCCUACAUCUAGGCUUCGCAUAAUGGAACCUUCAUCGCCGGACGAUUUCCCAAGUGUUUCGGAACCUCUGUCUGUCUCAGCCGAUUAUGAUCCUUCUAUCUCAAAUACUAAACUGAAACCUGCUAAGGGAAUUUUAAGUGAUGCUGUUGAGGAAAUCGAAGGUGUCCAGCUUUCUUCGACAAAGUUAAUCAAAGAUAUCAAGAAGGAGUGA